GGCGAGAAGAGAGGUUGCGGCCAGAUAUGCCCAGUAGGUAUCAUCCGGACUGGGAAGGGCGGCAAGCGCCUCAUCCUAGCCGAAACCGAAGAGCUCCAUCAACGCAUCUCAACUCUUGAGCUCGCGCUCGCCGCCUCGCAGGCCCGUCACUCAACCCAACCCCAUCCUCUCCUAGAAGAUGCGUAUCUUUUCUCUCCUCGGGACCCCGCUCGGCCCCGCGCCUCCGCCUCGGGUCAUGCAGAAGCAGGCGACGAGGAGGAUGUAGUCGACUCGGCCUUCGGAACGCUCACCAUCGGCCGUUCCGGAGAAUCCCGCUUCGUCGGCAGCUUCGCAGGGAGCGAGUACCUCCGUACCGACCAUCUACCCGACGACUCGAACUCUGGUCUGGCCACGCCGCCACCUACCGCAGCGCUCAACUCGAGCUUCGACCUUCGGCUCCAUACUGCCCGGACAGGACCUAUCGCCCCUGGACUCCGGAUCGGAGGUUACGCGGACGGGAGGGACGUAGAUAUCGUGCAGCUGCGGCAGGAGUUGCCUGAUUGGGAAAAGAAGGGGAGGGAGCUCGUACAGAACUGCUGGGAGAACGUAUCGUGGAUGCAUCCCAUCGUCCCCCAGAAUGUGUUCGACACGCAGUAUCUCCAGCUGGCGUACGAUACGCAAAGGGCCAUACAUCCGCAUCAGCUCGCGGUGGUAUAUCUGGUGAUGGCUCUCGGGGUGAUGUUCGACCUGCACCGACCAGCGUUCGAUAAUCGCGCAGCUGAGCUGUUCGCGCUGGGCCAGUCCUGCCUCAGUGCUAUUGGCUUUGAGCAUGCUACGCCGUCUACCGUCAGGGCUUUGCUCCUGUGCGGAACGUAUCUCCUCAAUGACAAACACGGAAGCGGGGCGGAGAUUUAUUGGCCGGUACUCGGAACAGCUAUCAAAGUAGCCUACAGCCUCGGGCUACACCGCGAUGGUUCCGUCUUUGGUCUAUCUGUCGAAGAGACAGAAGAGCGCCGACUGAUCUGGUGGGAGCUCAUCACUUCGGACCGCCUCUUGGCGACCGCGUUUGCUCGGCCGGCAGGGAUUGCGAGUCGGACGACGGAUACCAAGAUGCCUUCUGUCUCGGGUGCGGAGGGAGAUGACUAUCAGCGAACAAGGUUCCGCAUUGCCGAAUUGAUGGAGAAGAUCAAUAAUGUGCAGACGCAGCUGGCAGCAGUACCCCAUACACUCAUCAAGGCGCUAGAUGCCGAGCUGGUCGAGUUCAAGAAGUCCAUCCCCGACUCUUUACUCCCCUCCACGCCCAUCCCCUCCCUCCCUAUGGACUCCACCAUCUCCCCCCAACUCGUCUAUCAUCGCCUCACCAUCCGCCUCCUCCUCGCUCAGUGUCGGCUGCUUCUCAAUCGCCCCUUCUUCGCUCGCGCGCUGUCGGAGAACCACGAAGAUCCGAGCUUCUGCAAGCACGGCGAGCCGUUCUGCGCGCUAUUUGGGGCGGCGCUGGAGAUUGUGCAGGUGGUACAGCAGAUGGUGGUAUAUCAUCCGAGCUUGGUGGCGAGGUGGUGGGUGUACUGGUUCCAUGCCUUUAGCUCUGCUUGCUGCUUUGCCGCUAUCGCCAUUCGAGCUCCCAAGUCCGCAUUCGCCGCUCCUGCCUUUGACGGCCUCACCACCGUCCUCGACCUCGCUACCGCCGCCCCGCCCGGCUGUCGGGCCAAGAAGGGCCUCGCAGUCCUCCUCCGCCUCCGUGCCCGCGCGCAAGACAGUAUGCGCAAAGCC